CGUCAAGGAGGAGGAGGAGAGCCGCCCCCGCCCGCCUCUUCCCCUCCACGAAGAAUGAAGCCUCCCCUACCCAGCUUUCCUUCAACAGGGGGCGUGGCGUGUGGGUGGUUACAGUGAGCGGAUCCUUUGGAUAGGGCGCGACGGCGACUUCCGUGCGGAGGGAGGAGGCGGGGCGAGGCCAGGCCUGACCCGGAAAGAAUCUGCAAGACCAGCCAUUGCUGCCGCGUGGGUCGUUUCGAGCGUUGGAGAGCGCAGUGCCUGACUCGAGGGAGGCAGAAGCUUUUCAAAAUGACUAAGAAAAGGAAACGUCAGGAAGACUUUCAUAAAGUGAAGCUAAAAGUUGGGAAAAAGAAGCCUAGACUAGAAAACGCAACUAAUACAAACUUCAAAACAAAGGCCAUACAUCUUCCUGAGCAGCUUAGAGAGGAUGGAAUACUUCCAACAAAUAAUAGAAAGCUUAACAUAAAGGAUCUGCUUUCCCAAAUGAACCACUAUAGUGCAGGAGUUAAACAAAGUGCACUUUUUGGGCUCAAAGAUCUGCUGUCUCAGUAUCCAUUCAUAAUUGAUGCACACCUUUCGAAUAUAUUGAGUGAGCUGGCAGCUGUGUUUACGGACAAGGACUCUACUGUAAGAGCAGCAGCAAUUCGUCUCCUUCAAUUCUUGGCUCCAAAAGUACGGGCUGAGCACAUCUCUCCAUUUUUCCCUUUGGUGAGUGCCCACCUCUCCAGUGCCAUGACUCACAUCUGUGAAGGAAUUCAGGAGGAUUCAUUAAAGGUGUUGGACAUUUUGUUACAGGAGUACCCUACUCUUCUCAUGGAUCGCAGUAGUGUGUUGCUGAAUAAUUUUGUAGAGCUUAUUUCUCACCAGCAACUGUCAAAGCGACUGAAAAAUAGAGACAAAAUGUCUUGGAUGAUAUCUGUUAAUCCUAAUUGUAGAGUAACUUCCCAGCAGUGGAGGCUGAAUGUACUGUUGAGGCUCCGAAAAUUCCUCCAGGUGCUUGUAGAAGGAUCCAGUGAUUUGGAAACGGAUGGUGAAGGACUACAAGAACAAAAUGAUGGCUCCCAAAUGCCAAGAAGCUGCUUGCAUGUUAAUUGGCAGGAUCAUGCCAAUGGCCAACAGCACAUCCAGUUAUAUGAAAAUGGCGGCUCACAACCCAGAAUCAACUCGUCAUUCAAGCUGAGGUCUUCAGGGAGUAUGACUGGCAGUGUGGAAAAGGGUCUGUCAUCCACUGAGAAUUUAAAAAGGUUUAUUGAAAUAAUAAUUCCAUUGCUGCUUGAUUGUUGGAUUGAAGCAUCUCCUACGCAACUUGCAGCUCCUAUUCUUGGAAAUCUUCUGGAGCCUGGAUCUCAGCAGCUUAUGGAACAAGUACUUAGUAUCAUACACCUGUUGUGGAAAAUUGCAAAGCAAAAUGAAAAUCAACAUGAAAUGGAAACUUGGCUUCGAGCAAAUUACCUGAUAGAUUUCAAGCACCAUUUCAUGAGUCAUUUUCCUUACUCUUUCCAAGAAGCAAUCAAGCACAGAAAGAAAGAUUCCUUGAAAAGCAACAAGUAUUGCGUGACCACUUCAAACAAUAUUGAUCAUCUCUUGUUGAACUUAACCUUAUGCGAGAUCAUGGUUUCACUAGCAAGUGCUUCAACAUUGCAAAUGGAUUCUCAUUGGCUAGAUUUGAUUAGAAAGUUUGUGAUAGAGACGCUUCAGGAUGGUUAUAAAUUAAACUGUAAGCAACUGAACCGAUUGCUCAGAGUGACUUGGAGACUCUUGCAGAUACAAAUAAACAAAGUGACAACAGAGACUCUAAUGAAAGCAGUUUACACACUUUACCAGCAAAGAAACCUUCCUUUCACUGUACGCACAUUACUUUUGAAAUUUUUCAGCAGAGUUUAUCAAAAGGAAGAGUUGAAUACUCACACAAACAGAAGCAGAAGUAAAGUAUUGACUCGUUGGCUGGCUGGUCUACCUCAACAGCUUGUUCUACUUGGCUUGAGAAACCCUGAGCUUUCAGACCAGCUGAUUGGUACAAUUUAUUCUGCAGCAUCUCGGGCAAACAAAGAAAUGCUGCAGAGUUUGCAAGCUGCUGCUCCGCGGAUUUAUGAUCCACUAGAUGGCGCUGUGGCUCUUCUGCCAGCUGAAUCACAGCAACGUUUAGUCCAGCUUGUUUACUUUUUGCCACAUUUGCCAGGCAAUCUGCUUUCUUCUCUGAGUCGCUGCUGCAUUAUGGGAAAACUGUCUGUGAAGUUAUCUGCUACUCUCGUUGGGAUAUUGCAUAUGAGAUCCUCUUUUGUGGGAUGGAAAUAUCCAGUGCAAAGCAACUCACUUACUGAUGUGGAUUACUUUAGUUUCUUGUUUUCAACUCUUACAGGCUUUUCCAGAGAAGAGUUGAGUAGCCUCCAGAGUAUUAGAGGAAGACCUCACAUAAGCCAAUCACAGCUUUCUCCUGUCCAGCUCUACCUGACAGACCUGGAUCAGUUUUUAUAUCAUUGGGCUGUAACAGAGGUGGUGAGCCAGUGCUUGUCCACUAUACCUUCACGAAGUCAGUGCAUAGAUGUUCUACAGAAUGGCAUUUGUAAAUAUCUGGCAGGGUUGACUGUAAUACCUGACAGCACUGCUGGAUCUGUUCUGUGUGCCAUUAGUAAGCUCUUGGAUCAAGCGUGCCUCCUUAAUGAAAAUCUCUCCAAGUUUCUAGCUUCUUUGUGUUAUAGUCUCCUUUACCUCCUCUUAACAAUAGAGAGAGAAGAUGCGGAACACCUACAGAAGAGGGAUGUACUGUGGGGUGCCUGUAUUUCAGUGCUUACCACCCUGCCUCGUGUAUUGAGGCUGAUGUUGCAGAGUCUUCAAGUGAGCCGAGUCUGUCAGGAAGAAUUGCCUGUCCUUGCCCAGCUCCUUCGCUUACUAAUGCAGCACGGACAGCUUCGGAGUCAUAUGGUGACCAACGAGCUGUUGGUGAAACAGAUUGUCAAAGAUAUUGUGGCAUUGAAGAGUGGCGAAACCCAAGAGCAGUGGCUGACAGACCUCCACUACUAUUUCAACAUAUACCUUGUCACACAUUCCCCAGGAUCUGGGGCAGCUAACACCGUAUAUUAAAGUGAUUUGAUUCCAUUUUGGUAUGAUUUAAAACUGUUUUCUGUGGGAAUUAAAGUAAAUUUCAUAAGA